CUUCUUAUCUUCGUACUACACAUCAUUCUAUCGCAUACCGCUUCAUACAUCGUACGAUGAACCCUACACGCACUCUUCGUGCAUUCUCCAAACCACCGUCUUACCUACUCAUCCACCCCAGACAUGUUAGUACGACAAAGACCACCAAGUCAUCCGCGGUCGUGACUGCAUCACCAGCAGCUGCAGGAAGCACUGCCAGCAACGUUCUGCAAACAACAUUCCCACAACAGAUCGAAAGUCUGAACGACGUUGCGAAGCCUCAGCCAGAAUCGCCGUUGGCGAAGCUACCGUUGUCGAAUGUCUUGCGGUCAUUGCUUAUCUUAUCCGUCUCAUCCGCCCCAUUCCUGCUCAAACCAUGCAUAUACACACUCUCGGCCCUGGCACAUCCUAAGACAGCCCUAACGGAUGUUGACCGAAAUCCGGUUCUGCAUUGGCUUAUCAAGAAAACUAUAUAUAAGCAGUUCAAUGCGGGAGAGAACAAGUCUGAAGUGCAGGGGUCGAUUACGGAGAUAAAGAACUUGGGAUUCCGUGGUGUGCUGCUUGGAUAUGCACGAGAAGUACUCACGGGAGAGGGCAAGACUAGCACGCAUGACGAAAAGGUGGCACAGCAGGAGGUAGAUGCAUGGCUGAAAGGCACCUUGCAAGGCGUCGAAAUGGCUACAGAGGGUGAUUUCGUAGCCCUGAAGUUCACAGGAAUGGGCACUCAGGCUGUUGAGCUUUUGCAAAAGCGUCUUCCUCCGUCUGAAUAUAUAGAUGCUGCCAUUCGAAAAGCAUGUGACGCUACUAUUGCUAAAGGCACACGUCUUCUUGUCGACGCCGAAGAACAAGCUGUACAGCCUGGGAUUGAGGACUGGGUGAUGAGAUACCAGAAUUACUGCAGUCAGCAAACUCCGGGUCGCGCAACGGUUUACUGCACAUACCAGGCCUAUCUGAAAUCAACACCAGCAACUAUCGCGAAGCAUUUGGCUAUGUCUGAGAGAGAUGGCUAUACCCUCGGUGUCAAGCUUGUCCGUGGGGCAUACAUGAAGAUUGAGCAACGCCAUUUGAUCUGGGACACCAAGGAAGACACAGAUAUUUGCUACGAUGGCGUGGUCGAAGCUCUUUUAAACCGACGCUACAAUUCUAUGCUUGCUCCUGCUGUGGAUAGUGUGGACAAGCAGACAGUCCCCCCUGUUGGUCUCAUCAUUGCGACACAUAAUCGUGAGUCGGUCCAGAAGGCACACUCUAUCCGCCUGAACCAGGCGAAGGAGAACCUUCCGCGAAUUGAACUGUCCUAUGCCCAGCUCCAGGGCAUGGCCGAUGAGGUCAGCUGUGACCUAAUCAAUGGCUUCGAGGAUGCGGCUCGUGGCCAUCCACAUCAAGCUCUUGAAUUGCCGAAUGUCUAUAAAUUAUUGACGUGGGGCUCGGUACAAGAGUGCAUGGGGUUCUUAUUGCGCCGAGCACUCGAAAACACUGAAGCUGUGGCGCGAACAAAGGACUCCCAGAGAGCUAUGAUGACUGAAUUAUGGAGGAGGAUGAAGGCAGUUCUAACUAUUAAAAACUGAUAAAUGAUGAUUUAGAGCGUAUUGAUUGAGUAUGGUGGUUUUGGUUUCUGUUGUUUUCAUAACUUGUGCAGCUUGACAUAGCGUGGCGUAGCGGGCAUAGCGUUGAAUAUAAUUGCUAGUAUUAUCCAUUAAUUAUACCGGUCAGCC